AGACAAGAAAGGGAAUAUAUUUAUAAAUUCAGUUGUAAAAACAAAACGAUUUUCCCUUCAACCUGUUGGCAAUUAUUAUUAUUAUUAUUAUUAUUAUUAAUUAAUUAAUUAUUUAUUAUGAUAAUAAUUAAUAAUCGCAUCUCCCAAAACGAAAUCUUCGAUUCCAGUAUUUUGUAAUUGAAGUCAUAUUGAUUUUAUUUUAUUUUCUAUUUUUUCAUGCUUUAAUUUGGAAUUUGCAAGCUCGAUUUCGCUCGAAUUCCUCUAUGAACAUGGAGGGAUCUAAUCGAGGUAGCAGUAGUGUGGAUUUGUUUUUAGCAAAUUAUAAGCUUGGUAAAACUCUAGGAAUUGGAUCCUUUGGUAAGGUGAAAAUUGCGGAGCAUGCAUUGACCGGCCAUAAAGUCGCUAUCAAGAUACUCAAUCGUCGCAAGAUCAAGAACAUGGAAAUGGAAGAAAAAGUGAGAAGAGAAAUAAAAAUUUUGAGGCUGUUUAUGCAUCCUCACAUCAUACGACUUUAUGAAGUCAUAGAGACACCAAAUGAUAUUUAUGUUGUGAUGGAGUAUGUGAAGUCUGGAGAGUUAUUUGAUUAUAUCGUUGAGAAGGGCAGGCUACAGGAGGAUGAAGCCCGAGUUUUCUUUCAGCAGAUAAUAUCUGGUGUGGAGUACUGUCACCGAAAUAUGGUGGUUCAUAGAGAUCUUAAGCCUGAAAAUUUGCUUUUGGAUUCCAAGUGCAAUGUAAAAAUUGCUGAUUUUGGCUUGAGCAAUAUUAUGAGAGAUGGACAUUUUCUGAAGACAAGUUGUGGAAGCCCAAAUUAUGCUGCCCCUGAGGUCAUUUCUGGAAAACUGUAUGCUGGGCCUGAAGUAGAUGUGUGGAGCUGUGGUGUUAUAUUGUACGCUCUUCUCUGUGGUACCCUUCCUUUUGAUGAUGAAAACAUUCCCAACCUUUUUAAGAAAAUAAAGGGUGGGAUAUACACACUUCCAAGUCAUUUAUCUCCAGGUGCAAGAGAUUUGAUCCCAAGGAUGCUUAUAGUUGAUCCAAUGAAGCGAAUUUCCAUUCCAGAUAUUCGUCAACAUCCAUGGUUUCAAGCUCAUCUUCCACGUUAUUUAGCUGUUCCCCCGCCUGACACUAUGCAACAAGCCAAAAAGAUUGAUGAGGAGAUUCUUAAGGAAGUGGUUAAGAUGGGAUUCGAUCAAAGUCAAGUGGUUGAGUCUCUUGGCAACAGAAUACAAAAUGAGGCUACUGUUGCGUAUUAUCUGUUGCUGGAUAACCGAUUCCGUGUUUCCAGUGGCUAUCUUGGAGCUGAGUUUCAAGAAACUAUGGAUUCUGGUUUCAAUCGUAUGCAUCCUGGUGAAGUUGCUUCGCCUGUUGGGAAUCGCCUUCCAGCGUUCAUGGAUUACCAAGGAAUGGGUUUAAAAGCACAGAUGCCAUUCGAAAGGAAAUGGUCUCUUGGACUGCAGUCCCGUGCCCAUCCACGGGAAAUAAUGACUGAAGUUCUCAAAGCUUUGCAACAACUAAAUGUGUGCUGGAAGAAGAUCGGGCACUACAACAUGAAGUGCCGGUGGAUUUCUGGCUUUCCUGGUCAUCAUGAGGGCAUGGUUAACAACCAAGUACACAAUAAUCACUACUUUGGGGAGGAAUCCACCAUUAUUGAGAAUGAGAUCAAGUCACCAAGUGUAAUCAAGUUUGAAGUUCAGCUUUACAAAACUCGCGAGGAGAAAUACCUGCUUGAUCUUCAGAGGGUUCAAGGUCCACAGUUGCUUUUCCUGGAUCUUUGUGCGGCCUUUCUUGCACAACUUCGGGUCCUUUAAACAAGAAGGUUAGGGCAUUAAAGAAGGAAUUAUCCACAAAACUAUUGAUGCGUGUGAAUAAAACCUUUAGAUGUACAUAACUAGUUUUUGGUUGGGAUCUUUUGUUAACUUCUCCCUAUAGUUUUAUACGGGUGAAUGUUUUUGAAACCAAGGCAAAAGCUUGUUUCGGCUCUGGCUUUGUCACUUACUCUCUAGUACUGAUAGUCCAGUUAUUAAUGCUGUCGAAUCUCGAACUUAUGAUAUGAACCCUAACAGGUAACUUGAAUGAAAUCGAUAAAAGAAUAAUGUUUCUUUCAUCA